AUGGCACGGUAUGAGGCAUUAUAUAGUCGUAGGUUUCAUACUCCUACUUGUUGGACUGAGCUAGGCGAGCUGCGAAAUCUGGGGCUAGAGUUGGUUUCUGAUACUGAAGCAAAGGUAAAAUUGAUUCGAGAUCAGUUGAAGGAAGUAUCUAAUAGGCAGAAGUCUUACGCGGAUCUUAAACACCUAGAGGUUGAGUUCUCUAUGGGGGAUUUUGUAUUUCUCAAGGUUUCUCCUUCGAAAAAGAUACUGAGGUUUGGAUGGAAGGUUGAGAAAAUCGAGGUUAGGCCAGAUCUGACCUUCGAGGAGGAACCAGUGCAGAAUUUGGACUGUGAGGUUAAGGUACUGAGGAAGAAAUCUAUUCCUCUAGUCAAAGUGCUUUGGUAUAAUCACAGUUCAAAAAAGCCACGUGGGAACCCGAAGAGGCGAUGCGAUAAAAAUACCCAUAUCUUUUCUGACCAGGUGGUGGAGUUAGAUUAG